AUGCAGCUCAAGCAGCUCAACGCCGUGCGCGCGGCCAGGCCGGCCAGCAGGGCCCGGGCCGUGGUGGUGAAGGCGAACAAGUCUGGCCAGGCUGCCGCGGCUGCCGUCAUGGCGACCUCUAUGAUUGCCGGGGCCGCCAACGCGCUCACCUACGACGAGCUGCAGUCGCUGACCUACCUCCAGGUCAAGGGCAGCGGCCUCGCCAACACCUGCCCGGUGCUGUCCAGCGGCUCCACCAACCUGAAGGACCUCAAGGCCGGCACCUACAAGCUGGAGCGCUUCUGCAUGGAGCCCACCGCCUUCAGCGUGAAGGAGGAGUCCCAGUUUAAGGGUGGCGAGACCAACUUUGUGGCCACCAAGCUGAUGACCCGCCUGACCUACACCCUGGACGGGGUGCGUGCAGUGCAUGUGGCGACAUGCGCGUGCGAGCCAUGCAUUGGGAGUCGCCGUCAGCAUUCAUGA